AGUCGGUCGCAUACCAAGAAGAGGACAGGUUUGUCGUUUGCCUGACGAGAAGCGCAUCUUUGAGGAACGAAAUUCGCGAAUUUCCAUCACGACCACGACCACGACCACGAUCACGACCACGAUCACGACCACGGUCACGGCUCAACUCGACUUGAGAUCCUACUGAACGACUUCUUGUCCGGCCGUCCAACUGCCGCGAAACACAUGAAGCCAGCCGGGCUUUCUUUGCGCGAUACAAGGAAAAAAUGGCGAACCCCGUGGGUGAGGAUAGUUGGUUAGCUUAUGUCGACGAAGAGAGCCGUCACGCCACCGACCUCGAGGCGCGCGUAAAGGUUGUCGAACUCUUCAAGAAUGCCGUCUCCUCUGAACCCGCAAGUUUAAAGAUCUGGUUGGCCUAUUGCGAAUGGUUUUGGUCGCUCUUUACCGAUUGCCAGUCGAGUGAAGCUGGAUGGCCCGAGGAAGAACAGCAGCUAGGUCGCGACCUAUUCUCAUUCGAUGCUGCCUUGAGUCUUUGGAGUGAAGGCUAUGAUGCUAUAAAGUAUCGUAUUAACGACAGCCAUGAAUUCUGGAACCGCUGGGUUUCGAUCGAACUUGAACAGUUGGCUAGGACUAGAACCCCCGUCGGUGUCAAGCGCAUCUCACAUCUCUUCCGCGACCGCCUCCAGGUUCCCCAUUCUACCUGGGAAAACACGUCGCAGAUGUUUUCUAGUUUCCUAAGCACAUACAACAACGCCGCUUACGAGUCCGAAUUCAAGGAAGUGACUGCCAUUGCUCAGGAUGCCAAAGUCGCAUACGAAAUCCGAGAACCGUAUGAACUGAGGCUAAAUAGGGCUAUCAAGUCGGGUGACCAAGAAUUGCAGAGGGCUAUCAUGAAAGAAUACCUAGGUUGGGAGAUGUCGCAGAUCAAGAAGGCAAGGAAUCCAGUGCUGACCGUCUCGCUUUGUCUCGGGCUGUUUGCGAGAGUCCUCGGCGGUAUACUCGCUUUCGACGACGACGCGUGGAGCGACGCGGCCAUUUACUUGUCUGCAAUACAGCACCGAGCCAGGACAUCACAGGCCCAAUUGCCCGUGCCCAAUCUGCUGGAUUUCUAUCAGCGGGCUACCUCUCACUGUCCUUGGUCUGGCCCUCUCUGGUCGCGAUAUAUCCUAACUGCGGAAGAAGCCGGUUGGUCUUUUCAUAAUGUCGAGGCGAUCAAGCACGCUGCUACGAACACGAAGGCCCUUGAUAAGAACGGCAUGGCUGGUAUCUUAGAUAUGUAUACUGCUUGGUGCGGCUUCUUGAAGCGGACCGCCAUGGACCCUAACGCUCCCGAGGAUGCAGCUGAUGUUGCCGAAGUUGGUUUGCUGGCCGCACUUGAGGAUGUUGAUUUGUGGGGACGACGUCUCUAUAAAGACGCAUAUCGAGGAGAUCCUAACUACAGAUUACAGCGUAUUCUCAUCCAAUAUCUUACAGAAGUAAAGGGCGAAAUUGACGAAGCACGAAACCAUUGGGACCGUAUGGCCAACCAGUCUCUCCUCGCCGACAGCUACGACUUCUGGCUCAAUUAUUACCUCUGGGAGAUGAUCAUCUACUCCUCCAAACCGAAACCCCGAAGCCCCACUCCAGCAACGCCGGUAGGCAGCACUUCGACAAAGGUCUCACGGGUUCCCGGCGUCGCUACAAGUGUCUUAGAACGUGCCAUCGCCCGGGCAACACUCGAUUGGCCUGAACGGGUUAUGGAGGUCUAUCUCCAGCAUUGUAAUGAUUACGAGAGGCCCGAGGUUCUCCAUCACGCGCUUGAUGUGGUUUACAAAGCUCGACAGGAGGUUGCUAAGCGCCGUGAGCGAGAGAAUGCCGAAGCUGCUGCCGCUUACGCCGCCCAGAUGCAACAAACACAGACAGCCCCCGACACAACUGCAGAAGAUGCCCCGGUGCCUAUGUCGCCUUCUGGUUUUAAGAGGAAACGAGAAUCUACACCAGGAGAUAUGUCGCUGGGAGUGAACAAGCGGGUGAAGAGCGUGGAGAUUGAAAACUCUAACAAUGUCUCCAAUGAGCAGCAACUCAAGCGUGAUCGAGAAAACACAUCUGUCAUGGUUACAAACUUGCCGGCGGACGUAACGCAGACGGCUAUUCGCAAGUACUUCAGAGAGUAUGGACACAUUAACAACCUGGAUCUUCACAGGGAGACGGAUAGUGAAUCUAGUUCUGUCCUGAUAGAGUUCAGGUCUACGCAAGAUGUGAAAUCAGCUCUCCUACGAGACCAGAAGUAUUUCAGCCAAAACCAGAUCAGUGUUAAACCAGGUACCGGCUUAACGCUCUUCGUCUCCAAUUACCCCCCUACUGCAGAUGAAUCAUACAUCCGUAGCCUGUUCAAGGAUUGCGGCGAGGUUUUCAGCGUUCGCUUCCCAUCUCUCAAGUUUAAUACCCAUCGACGCUUUUGCUAUGUCUCGUUUAGGGACCAAGACACCGCUUAUAAGGCGACGCUACUCGAUGGGAAAGUCAUAGAAGGCCAGUUUAAGCUGCAAUCUAAGUACUCCGAUCCUUCACACAAAAAAGACCGCGAGGGUGCUGUUGCGGAAGCACGUGAAGUUCGAGUAAAAAACAUCGACUCGUCUGCGGACGAAAAUGACCUCCAAGAUGUGUUCAUCAAGUACGGCAAGGUCACUAAUGUGCGAAUAGUCAAAAAUAUAGGCGGAAAGAACAUUGGCACUGCUUACGUAGUAUUCGAGACGAAAGAGGAAGCAGAGAAAGCCCUCCAACUUGACAAGACCAAGUUCAAGUCUCAGAUUCUUUCAGUGGAACUCAGCAAGGAGACGAACUUCAAGCCGUUUGCCACGAACCGAGGUGACCGGAUAUCUGCGUCCCCUGCUCCUAGUGGGAAUAGUGACAUAGUGAUGGCGGAUGGAUCUAGUGAAUCCAACGGCAACGGCCCAAAGCCAGACCGAAAAGAGAUCCAGCAACGCACGAUAGCUAUCUGGAAUGUACCGGACACCGUCAAUGAUGCACGCGUUCGGGCUGUCGUAAAAAAUCAUGGCGAGAUCGUGAAAUUAGUGCUUCGACCUGACCACCAAGGCGCUAUAAUCGAAUUUAAGGAUGCCGCGAUGGCUGGACGUGCCGCAUUGGGGUUGGAAGGAUACGAAAUCGUAUCCGGUCGCAGGAUUCACACCGGUAGCGUGGAUGAGUUAUUUAAGCAGACAAGUGAGAAAAGACAAGACAAAAUUGUUACAGGCAAAGGCAAGCCAGCCAACCAUAAGGGUGGAUCCAAAGAGCCAAGUUUUAUGCCACCUACUCAGACUGUUCGGAGACCAGUCCCCGGAGGUCGAGGUGGACCGAAGCGGGGACUCGGCUUCGUUACGUCGAAGAAGGAUGGUAGUAAGGAGGACCGCCAAGUCACAGUUUUGAACGGAACGGCUCCCGUCGUAAAAGCUAAGAGCAAUGCAGAUUUCAAGGCUCUGUUCUUCAAAUCCGAGAAUGGAGAUAAUGGUGGUAAGAAGGACGGGAAUACUGGUGCCGUCAAUAAUCAGAUGAACGGGCACAAUUAGAAGAGAAGGAUGGUGGACGUUACAUAUAAAUCUUCCCUCGUAUGAUGCAUACCUACAUACAUACGAUCAAAAGGUGGUCAGGCGAUAACGGGAGCAUAUUUUCGGCGUGGCGGAUCGAAUAACGAUGGUCGAUCGAGUUGAAAUUUCUUUCUUGAUACCCCUGGUAUUGGUGUUAAUUAAUUACGUUUGGAGCGAGAAUGGAAUAGUGAAGACAGACACGUUUUGGCGAAGUAAAAGAGUAAAAUGAGGAGGUGGGUUGGGGGGGAAGGGGGGACAUGAGAGGCUUAAUGGACAGGUAUGACAUUCAUGGCAUCAAUCAUCAUCAUCAUCAUUCAUCGGUUUUACGGUUUUUGGUUUCGGUUCGGUUCGGGUUUAAAAGGGUCUGACCAUAUGACAGAAGUGGAAUGAAUGGAAAGGGGAUUUGCAUCAUUUGGUCGGCUCGGUGUUUAUUGAGGACUUCAUUUACCGUUGAUCACCACCAAAUCGGUUGCUUGUUUUCAGAAUGAGGC